AUGGACAAGAGUUUUUUCGCCUUGCAUCAAGAAAUUGAAGAGGGUGAUUUAUUAGACGAAGUUUGGCCUAAAGUUAAGUUGACUAAGGCACGUGACCAACAUGAGUAUGAUUUCUUGGCUAAGACUGGUAGGAGUUUAGAUAAAACAAUUAAAGGGUUACAAGUUCCCUUUAGAAAGGAAUUUGCUAGAGUUCGGGAUGAUAUAGAGACACGCGCGGAAAUGCUAAGAUUGGCUGACAAUAGGGGUUGGAGUGCUGCACUACAGAUAGUAGGAAAUAAUAAUAAAAUGAUGGAGAAAUAUAAGAAGCAUAUUCCCCUUGUUGCAUCAGUGGCUCAGUUUAGUGGCUGGAAUUACAAUAGAGGUUUUGUAGCAACCAAUAUAAGGGAAAAAGGUUUUCUCCUCCUUUAUCAGGUUCUGAGAAAGGAGAGUCUUAUAAGAAAAAUAAAUGAAGAGAUAAGGGGUUUUAUUUCUUUCGUGGCAGAGAGAGAUAUAGUUUUGCAGGUCACCAGAGAGCGAUUACCUGCUUCAACUGUGGAGGUGUUGGCCACUUUGCCACUAGUUGCCCAUCCUCAGGCCUUGGUCUUGGAGGAACCAAUAAACAUUGCCAAGUUAACAUUUCAGGAUUUUGUAGUAGGAAGAAUGCAAGGUGCUGUAUCAGAUAACUGGAACCAUCGUUUAGACAAGGCAUGGGAGCUAUUUAAGAACUAUUGUAAGGUUAUGAGUUUGGUACCUCUGCCAUCCGAGGUGGAUACUCUUGUUUCCUUUAUUGUCUGGCUUGAUCUUACCCAAUCGUUUGCA